AUGAGGGCUCUGGCUGAAGCGGGUGUAUGGUGCGGCGCUGUAAUGAGCCCGGAAGAGGUGCUGUCAAACGAGCACCUGGCAGCACGCGAGAUGAUUGUGGAUGUGGAUGACCCGGCGCGCGGAAACUACCAGAUGAUUGGUUGCCCGGUCAAGUUGGAGAAGUCUCCCGUGGACGUCAAACCCGCCCCGCUGUACAGCGAGCACACGGACGACAUUCUUACGGGUUUGCUGGAUGUUUCGCCCGGCGAGCUGCCCGAGCUUCGGAGACAAGGAGUGAUUGUUUAG